GGCUCGAAUUAUUCACCUGUACUGCAAGAGCGCCACCCUUGCCUCACCGAGGCGUGUUUCGCCCCAUGCCCCCUCCCCUUCCCCGCCUUCGACCGCACUGCAGUUUGUCAUUCAUUGCCUACCGCAUCACACGGAAUACGCCUUGUCGACUCAUUAGUUCUGUCGUUGUUCCCAGAAUCCAUGUCGUGACAGCGGCCGUGCAGCCGCCAAUGGCACCGAGGCUCCCGCUGCUCCUCGCGGCGGCGGCGCAGCUGCAGCUGCGCCUGGCAGCCUCGCUCGCCACUGGCGGCCGCACGGUAGCCAGGAGCGCCCGCGACUUCGCCGCAGCGGUGCCCGCGCUGAUCGCCCACGGGGGCGAGUGCGACCUCUGCGGCGGCCAUCAGCAGUGGCUCUUCAUCCUGUCCGCAGGUCAGGGUGGCUCGACAGUCCUGCAGGAGAUGCUGAAUGCGAUCCCAGGCUUCUACAUCGCCGGCGAGAAUUUCGGGGUCUUGAACAUCCUGUUGGAAGAGUAUGAGGCCACCGGCAAGAUUGUCACGCGGUCCGACAGAGGAGAACCUGGUUGGCAGACGAGGCCAAUAUCCCAGCGGCACCUGCUCUGCGCAAUGCAGACGGUCAUGCGAAACGUGAUCGGCACCUUCAACGAGGGAAACGCAUCGAUCAUUGGCUUCGAGGAAACGAGGCAUACAUCUCGACGCCAGCUCGACUUCUUCAGGAAGGUUUUCCCGUGCGCCAAGUUCAUCCUCAGUUCGCAGCGGAGUCUGGCCGCGUCAGAUCCUGGAGCUCUGCAACCCCAUGCGUUUUCACCAGCUGGGGGCACUGGCGGCGCAGCUCUUGAGAGCUUGCGGGAUGCGACCAGGGAGCUCGACCUCUGGCAGGAACGCCAUCGUCAGAGCGCCGUCACCGUGAAGCUCGAGGACCUCUCAGUGGAGCGCGCGAACGACCUGUUGUCGUGGCUCGGCGUGGAGGGCUGGCGGUUCUCCGCGGUGCCUCACGCCGACAAGGCGGGCAGUCUGAGCGGGCGGUCCCGCGUGGAGCGUUGGGCGUAGCGGCACGGAAGCCUUGGAGUGUGCUGGAGUCGAGCUCGCCCGCCCACCGCUUCCCGGAUGGCAAUGGUUUUUAUCGCCCCCAUCGGAGGCACACGUCACGUGCCGCCGCUGCCUGGCCUCGGGCGGACUGGGGACGUGCUCGCCUUGUGUACCAACGUGGACGUCACGUUUGCUAUCGAGCCGCACGUUGGCAUGCAUUUGCGGGUAUAUUUCCCCGAGCCGAGCUUGUGCCAGGCUGCUCAACCCUCGGAUAUUGCAGAGACUGCUCUGCGCGUUGCGAGCUUGUUCCAAAGGCGCGUACAUUAGCCCGCGGGUGUUAUCUGCAUCCGAUCUCCGCCUCACGUCUUCGCUCGCUCUGUCUUGCCACCUUGUUGCCCCCUCCGGAGAUGCGGUUGGGGGCUGCAAUCGGAUACCCUCGUCUCGCGGAGCAGUUGAAGGAG